CUUUGUGAUAGGGGCAGCUGUUCCAGGGCCCACCUGCGACUCAAACACUGACGACCACUCAAGCAGGACUCCUUCCCAUCCCUCCUUCCUUCCUUGGCUCUUUUUGGCUGUGCCAACCGACACCCAGGCACUCACCCCUUCUCCGCCAGCCACACCCACCUCUGCCACUACUUCCACCGUCGACCCACCUGCCGUAUCCAUCAUUGCUUCACUUGUCUGGCUGACCCACCACUCACUCACUGACCGUUGUCUGCGGCCGCGACCCAGCUUCUUGAUAUGAUAAUGAGGCUGCUGGCGCUGAUCUGAGGUGUGUGCUUCGUCAGUGUCGUCUAAUGCCCGCAGCAUUCAGCAGACUGGCCGUAAGCACAGAUGAGUCGGGGGGGGGUUCAGACGAUACUGCAUGUCUUGUCUGUCUGUCUGUCUGUGGUGCAGCGAGGGGCACGUAACGAGCUGUACACGGCCAAAUGGUUUGUGGUCGGGUGGGCUCUCCUGUGCUUCUCUUUGGUUAUCAUGUUCGCCACUCACUACUACCUUGGUCAGUCACACAUGUCCUGCAAGCCAAGCCACCCCGCUCACAGAAACGCAUCCGUGUGUGCGCCGCGCCCUGAUGUGAUGUGUGCCUUCCAGAGUGCUACUUCAUCGCGACUGCCACAGAGGUGAGUGACUUGUUCUUGACGAUCGAUCACUCACUCACACACACAUGCAUCACUCGCCUCAUUGAGUGCGUGUGCAUGUGAAUGGAUGUUGUGUUUUGUGUGUGUGUGCGUGCGUGUGUGUCAGUUGCUCGUGGGGACCGCCCUCCUGUUCGUUGGCCUACUCGCCAUCAAGUACCGAUGGGGCAAAGGCAUGAAGUUCUUCAUCUCACUGUGAGCAUCCACCCAGCCAGCCGACACAUGAGCACAUCCACACAAACGAUGCACUCACUGCACUGCACAACGCGUUGUGUGUGCCCGUGUGCUCUGCAGAGGGUUGUUGAACGCGACACUGGUGGGUCUGUGGGUGCUGGAGAUCGAGAUGCCCGACACCCGUCGGCGUCGCGUCAUCAACAUGGACAUCGACACCUCACCCCACGGAGGCAACAGCGCACCCACCGGACACCCACCUAUGGUCCCCACACUGCCCGCACACACCAACGAAUGGUACGUACGCCUCGCAGCCAUGCCAUGCAUGUGCACUGCAGACGGACGGACGGCCGCAGUGCAUGCAAUGCAACGUCUCGUGUGUGGUGUCUCGUGUUGUGUGAAAGGUAUUCGGUGUUGUCUCUCGGUUCGGUGUCGGCGAUGGUGCUAUGCCUCGUGCAGCUACUCAUCCUGCCCAUCGCCUAUAACCUCAUGUAUGUCACACAUACACACGGAGCGAUCGGACAGAGUGACGGACGACUGGACUGGCAUGCACUCGGUGCACCUCUCUGUGCUGUGCCUGUCAGGAAACGCUUUAUGGAGCAUCCGUACAGCCCGAAUGACGUGUUAGCGGCUGAGAAGGCCAACCUGGCUGCAUCACUGCAGGUGGGGUGGUCAACCACAUCACACACGCACACGCACACACACACAAGGCCUCUCUCUCUCUCUAUCUCUCUCUCUCUCGCUGAUGGCGUUGUUGUGGUGUUCAUUCAGCGUCACCAGGAGAUUUGGGAUCAGUGGGAUCGCGAGACCGUCCUCCAAGAAGACGAGCGAUGCUCACCCCGCCACCUCACGCCAGAGACGCCCAGCCUGCAGGCCAACAACGAGCCCCUCUGGCUCCCACCGCUCCCCAAGAUCGCCCCUUCCUCGCUCGCCACGGCCAUCCCCGGCAUGCCCGACCCCCUCACCGUCAGCAGCAGCAGCAGCAGCAGCACGUGCACACCCACUGGGACGGGGGGCGGCGACCUGGAGAUGGGCGUGGGGAUGGGCGAUGGCGUCACGCCGUCCAGCCCCACCAUGUCUGUGGGCGUGAGGGAUGCCACGGUCACCGACCGGACCCUGCAAUUCAUCGAAACGUAUGAGCGGUCCAUCGAUCAGGUCAGUAAGGCAUGCAUGAGAAAGAGACGUCCAGACCAGACACACCACUGCAUCUCAUUUUGUAUAUAUGUAUCGAUCCAUCCCUUCCUCAGAUUGUCGCAUCCGGGCGGCUCCCCCGUUGUGUGGACCACGUGGAGGAGGCGGCUGACGACCUGGCUACCCCCGCCCCAGCUCAUGCCCUCCCGCCCUUCUCCACCACCACCACGCCCCGCUCAUCAGACCUCUUCCCCGCCGCCCCCACCAGCACGCCCCUCCCCACCCCGUCAGCAGCAUCCUCCACCUCGGCCAAUGCCGUGGCCACGGCCAACGCCCCUCAGACUCGCGCGUCGCUCCAGUCCCAGAUGGACGCGGUAGCCACGUCGAUGGGAGCUCAGCUGCGGCUGCAAGGGCACGCCCAAGCAGGGGCAACAGGCAACCUCAGGGCGCCCAUGAGCCGACAGUCGACAUUCCCCACAGUCCAUCACCUCCACGGCACCACCGGCGACGCGAUGGGCAUGGUGGGCAAUAUAGGGCACCUCCACAGCAAGCCGACUGCAUGCGGCGGCAGACAGCCCGGCAGCAAGCCACAGCUGGACCGCCGCAGCUCACUCGAGUCGGUGCAGCUCGGGGGGCUUCACGGCAUGGUGCAGCGGAGCGCCACUCUGGGCCUGGGGCGGCCGGGCAGCUUCGAGGGCUACCCGAUGGCCGAGGAGGUGCCCAGCACGGUGGGCGGGAGUGGGGUGGACAGCACGGCGAGCUGCCGGAGCGGCGGAGGGCCGCGGACUGCCACACACGUCGGGUGGUGUGUGAGCCCGAUGAUCAAGAAGCUCGACCGAAGCGACAGUGAGGACAGCAGCGCUACCGGCGGCAGCGAGGGCGAGGCGACGGUUGUGGCGGAUGCCACCUCUCCCACGGCGCAUGACGAAACGGAGACGACAGAGACUAGUGAGGGGAAUGAGGAGAGCGAGCUGGCGGCCAUCAAGACAGUCGAGACUCCUCCUGCAGCGAAGGCAGGCAAGCCCCGCCCCGAGAUCGAGAUCGAUUUGGACGCCGAGGUCAUUGACGAGCCCUGGGAGAUCGAUGUCUCGACCCGCGACACCGUCACCAGUGAGGACGAGCAGCAGCUCCGCGACACCCUCGCUGCCUCGCUGCCCGCCAUCGACGUUGACAACGACAACUCGCCGCAGACGUCGAUCGCGUCCCCCACUGACACCGCGCACUCGUCAUACGAGUCGCUGAUGAUCUCCGACCCCUCCCGCCCCCCGUCGCCCGUCCCCAGGGUCAUCGUCACCGCUGCACCAUCUCCAUGUGACACCAUUGACAGCACCAGCAAGGGCUGGGGUGGAGACGAAAAGGAGGACGUCAAGCCGGCAGUGUCGCCAUCCCUGACGGCCGAGUACCCCGGCAGGGUCAACCUGGCCAUUCCGCCGUCGCCCGCGUCGCCCGUUACGAGCCACUUCACCCCGCCCAUGGCGCGCACCUGCCGCUGCACCAUCCUGCCGUCCACCCCGCAGACAUCCGAGGACGGCGAGAGCGAGUCGGAGAAGUCCUCCCCCGACUUUCCGGCGACGCCAUUCCCCUCCCCUCCCCUGUCGCCACCCACGGCCGCACACAAAGCCAAUGCUAAUCGGGAGAUGCCGCCGGGGCUUCCGCGGCUGCAGGUGCUGCCGCCCCCCGCCCCACACUCCCUCUCGUCGCUCGACCACCUGACCGACACGGCCGCCAUGAGUGCAGCGGACGACUCGUGCAGCGUCAACUGGAAGGACCGCUUGACGCCGCGCUCCGUGACGACGGAGGACACGGGGUGGGGACUGUACGACCGCUCGGGGGCGUCGUCGGUUGCAGGUGGGAUGGAGAGCCGCACACCCUCCAUCCGGCCAUCUGACGGGUCGGAGUACGCAUGGACGCCCAGGCACUGGGACGGUGACGAUGUGUCGCCGCAGGAUACUGGGAGUUCCAAUGCGAGUGCGGCAUCAUCAGUGGCGGUGGCCCCUUCCGACCCCGAGGGAGGAGAGUUCGCGGGCGUGAGCGUGCGUGAGCGCGUGUCUGCGAUCGAGGCGUGUGCUGAGGCUGCGGUCCGUUGUAAUGGUACUGGUGCUGAGGUGAUGAAGGCAGAAAUGGGAUGUGGCCGUUAUUUGCGCCCUCCCUUCCUGCAGCUGCCUCCCCGCAGCAGCCACCUGUGUGCGUCUUCUGUGCCUGUGUCUGUGUCGUCCAUGUGUGGCUCGCCCCCUCCCCUCCCUAGCUCUCCUAUGGUAUAGAUGACACGCGUAAAACCUAGGACUAGCAAUGGACACUGGGAUACCGGGGGCGAUGCAUGCAUGCCUUCCGUGCCACCUACCCACCCACAGCACGGAAAGCACGCUCACACACACUGAUGGCCAUCCCCACACAGACAGACAGACAGACAGGCGGACACAGACGAGCAGGCAACCAUGAG